AUGCCCGACUCGGAAAAGUUACCAACUAUAGAGUCCUUGCAGGGCAUUGACUCUGCGUCUGAAAGCAAAUAUAUAUUGCCUUACGAUAAGCAGAAGACAGAAGCAGGCUUCGACCACGAACUUCAAACCCAUCUUAGCGAAGCACCAGAUGGAGGAAUAAGGGCAUGGCUUGCGUACUGCAUUGGUUACAUUCUCUACGUUUGGUUUUUUAAAUUCAUGGGGUAUCUUCCAAGCGUACUACGAGGAAAAUCUAUUGCUUCACACUCCACCUUCAACUAUAGCAUGGAUCGGUUCUACGCAGGCGUGUCUAAUUCUGGUUCUAGCAAGCCUACUAAGCUCAUUCGUGCUACUAGGCGAAUGUUUGACCUGGGAUACUUCAAAAUACCGUUCUUCGCCGCUAGCUGCGUCCUCGUCGUGUGCACCUUUCUAACCGCAGAAUGCACUCAAUUCUGGCAGCUCUUCCUGACACAGGGUGUCGGCCUGGGAGCGGGCUGCGGUUUCCUGUUUAGUCCCGCAAUCGUCAUCGUGUCACAAUGGUUCUCCAAGAGACGUGGCCUUGCUUUGUCUACCACCACCGUUGGGGCUGCGUUCGGCAGCAUCUUGUUUCCUGUAGCGGCACAAAAUUUGAUUCCGUUAAUUGGAUUUAGAUGGACAGUUCGUGUAUUUGGAUUCAUGCUAAUGGCUACAAUGGGGAUGGCAAACAUAUUUCUUAAACGGCGGCUUCCGCCCACUAAAGUUCGCGGGGGACUCUUCAAUCUCAAAGCAUUUCGCAACAAAGCAUAUUCCACUUAUUGCGUUUCAGGAAUUAUGAUACUUUUAGGUCUUUAUACAGAGUUAACAUAUAUCUCUGUGAGCGCCGUAACAAUUGGCGUCUCGAAAGAUUUUUCGUUUUAUAUAAUUGCGAUCGCCAAUGCGGCAUCUGCGUUUGGACGUCUGUCAUCUGGACUGUUGGGAGAUAAAAUCGGCGCACUCAACACCAUGGUAAUUUACACGGCUAUUACAGGAAUCACAACAGUCGCCUGGCCGUUUGCUAAAGACGAAUCCCAGCUUAUUGCAAUAGCCAUUAUUCACGGGUUCUCCAUCGGAGCAUAUAUAUCUCUGUACUCUGCACCUGCCGUGGCAAUGGGGAGAAUGGAAGACGCAGGGCGUCGAGUGGGGAUGUUCAUGUCCCUCAUUGGUUUCGGAGGCAUUGCAGGUCCUCCAAUAUCAGGUGUGAUUUGUACCGCGACAGGAGGCUUCGUUGAUACGGGUUAUUAUGCAGGUGGCAGCAUUAUAUUUGGUGUCGCAUUGCUACUCGUGGCACAGUACCUUCACCUCGGACGGCUAUGGGGCAAAUUUUGAAUGAUCGUUCCGUGAGGUAAAUUUAGUGUUGAGUCGAUGUGUUCUUGAAGGAGUGGAUGUGAAAUGAUUCAAGC